AUGUCUUCUCAACCGAACAAGACUACCGGACAAUUUCACUCUACCAAAGGCAAUGUUGUCGAAGGCAUUGGUAAUCUGACCGGUGCUGAAUCAUGGCAACGCUCUGGCAAGGAGGAGCACGCUUCUGGCGAAGCCGAGUAUAACGCUGCUCGUGCGAAGGGCUAUGCAGAGGGCGCCGAAGACCGCCUCGCCGGCAAGAAAGACGCUAUCGUAGGCGCAGUCACCGGCGACUCCACUCAACAGGCCCAAGGCAAUGUGCGUCACGACAAAGGCGAGGCUCAGCAGGACAUCAACCGCAAGGCCUAA